AGAAAAUCGGCGCCGUCGAGCCCAGCCGAGGAGAAACUUUCCGAGCGUCUCCGUGCUCGUGUCAGAGCCCUCGGAGGGAGGAAGGCAGGGAGGGUCGUGCUCUUUCUCUCUCUCGCUCGCUCGCUCCCUCUCCUGCUGCCUUUCCUGUGCGCUGCCCCUUCAAGCUGCCAGCUGAGCCCUCCAGCCCUGGCAUGCACAGCGCCCGCCUCGACGCCUUCGUGAGCCACCUUCGCGCAGAAGUGUUGUGCAUGAAGGAGUCCAGUGAAGUGCUGCGGGGCCAGAUGCAGUGCAUGAUGCGGACCCUCCACGAUCUGAAGAGAGCACAGGAUCGAGAGUUCCGGUUGGAUCCCCAAGAGAUGAAGUCUCCGCCUGGUGUACCUCCCCCAAAGCCAUGCACAAGCCCACGGGUGUCUGCUCUUUCUGAAGCAGACUCAGCUUGCUGUUUGGAGGUGGCCGUAGAAGAGGAAGCGGUGGCCUUCUCUCCUCCCAGCAGUGAGCGAAGUUUGGAGUUUGACUCGGGCUACUCCGAAGUGUCCGGCAGCAGCUGGCGAGAUGAGGAGGGACCUCCGCCCCUGAGAGCCAGUAAGCUUUCCUCAGGGGGCUUCCUGCGCCGCCGAGCACCUGCCAGGAGACCCCGCCCCAAAUCUGCUUCGGACGCCUGCCUGGAGCGGUGGCGGGAUAGCGAACCCGCAGAUGCAGGUGAUUGGACGGUGUCUCUCCUCUCACAGAGUCGCAACCGGCAACCACUCGUGCUGGGGGACAACUGCUUUGCCGACCUGGUGGAGAACUGGAUGGACUUGCCUGAGGAAAGUGGGGAGCGGGGGCGGCUGCAGCGCUGGCUGGCGAAACCCCACGGCUUCCUGCUCAACCUCUCGGGCAACGUGCGGCGCCGGCUGGCUGGCAUCUCCCGUACUGAGCGUACCAAGCAAGACCCGGAGGGCACCAAGCGUUUCUCCUGCCCUGCAGGCCUGGGAGGUCGGCCUUCGAUGCCCUACUUUCAUCAGUCCCAUGCCAAUAUCAGUGAGCUUUCCACAGACUGUAGCAGUUUUGCUGCCCUCAUGAACUGCCGAAGCCGUCAGCCCAUCAUUUGCAAUGAUGUGAUUGGCUAUAUCUAGCGGGACCUCUUCUUCUUUUU